CCUGUUGGUACUACUGUGUGGUAUGUGGGAGGAACUUCACUGCACAUAGUUGCUGCAGCACUAAUAGUUGGCAGCACAGAAGGCAGUACAAAGAGUAAAACUGGAGGCACUUGCAGUUGCAACAGUGUCCUUAGAGGCUGUGGCAUGCUCACUGAGCUGCAGGGGCACUCUGACGCAUACAGCUACUAUGUGGAGAAGUAGAAAUUCCAGCAGGCUUCAAGGAACAGAUGUAGGCUACUAGCUGAGAGGUGUAACAGCAUAGCUCAGGCUGGCUGCAAACCAGUACUCAUGCUGCUGUGUAAACAAAACAAGAUCUUAGUAUCAAGAUGGCCGACCUGGAAGUCUACUUGUAGCUCAUAGUACUUAGCUAAAUGAGCUGCAUGUCAGCGGCUUACUCAGAGGAGGAAGCUCAUUUUGCACGUGCCAUCUUCUCAGCAGGGCUAAAAUGGAUAGCACAGAGGAACCUCAGAAAAAAGUCUUCAAAGCACGAAAAACAAUGAGAGUAAGUGAUCGGCAACAACUUGAAGCUGUCUAUAAGGUUAAAGAGGAGCUGUUGAAGACAACUGAAGUGAAGCUGUUAAAUGGAAAGCACGAGAAUGGAGAUUCUGACAUGAAUUCCCUUUUAAGCAAUACAGAUUGUGCAGAAGUCAAGAAAGAAAUUAAUGGCAUGGUUGACUUGUGUGUUAACUCUGAAGAAGGAAGAGCAGCUUGUGAUGAAAUUAGUGAGACCAAAAGCCCUGAAAGUAGGGCAGGAAACAUAGUCAAUGACAUAGAAUCCAAACCUCUAAUGCCAUCCUCAGAAAAUGUUACUACUGAACAAGCUAAAGACACUGACAUUGCAGCAAAAUGUGAGGCUGAAAAUGGAGUUGGUAGCAGUAAAGAUAACUUCCAUGAAGAAAAUAACAGAAAAGAUCAAGUGGACCAAAGAAAGAAUGAUAUCCCAUUGGAAGGUGAAAAUAAACCAGUCUGUGAUAUUAAUGACUCUUCUGAACAGAAGGGAGAAACAAAUUACUUACCUGUUAAUUCCAGUUCAUCUGAAACGGGUGAGGAAAAGAGGACUGAAGAAGUAACUGUUGAAGAGGUUGUUGGAGAAGCAGCCAUCUCUAGCAGUAUGGAAGCUGACCAGGAAAAACAAGAAGGCAGUGCAGGACCAGAAACCACUGUUUCGAAGACAAUAGAUGAGCCAAGUGAAAGCACCUUGGACAAUACGGACUGUAUGGAAACAGAUGACAUUAUUCCAAUUCUGGAAAAACUAGCCCCUGCUGAAGAUGAUCUGAGCUGUUUUUCUAAAAGUUCUCUGCUUCCAGUGGAUGACACAGUCCCAGAUUUAGAAGAUAAAAUAGACAAUUGUUUGGGUUCACCAUCCAAGCAGGAAAGCAAUGAAUGUCUGCCAAAAGAGGCUUUCUUAGUACUGUCUGAUGAAGAUGAUCCCUGUGAUGAGAAGGAGGAACUUGCUGAAGGGAUAUUGCCAAACAAGUCAAGUCUUCCAGAAGAGGUGGAGGAGGAGAGAAAAAAGGAAUGUGAAGAUAAAGAAGGAGAAGAGCCACACAAAGAAGAAGAGAAACAAAUAGAGAAAAGUGAAGCAUCAAAGAGAAAGCGUUCCAAAUCUGAGGACAUGGACUGUGUUCAUUCUAAACAUCGUCGGUACAUGGGAGAAGAUUAUGAAGCAGAACUCCAAGUCAAAAUUACAGCCAGAAAGGAUGUUGACCUAAAAUUGCAAAAGAUUAUCCAGAGACUGUUAGAAGAAAAACUUACCACUUUACAGUGUGCGGUAUUUGACAAAACUCUGGCAGACUUGAAAACCCGAAUGGAGAAAGUAGAAUGCAACAAGAGGCAUAAAACUGUGCUUACUGAAAUGCAGGCUAAAAUUGCAAGAUUGACAAAGCGGGUUGGAGCAGCCAAGGAGGACUUGAAGAAGAGACAAGAAAAUGUGGCAAAUGCGCCUGUAUCUCCAGGGAAAGCAGCACCCGAGACUGCAAAUGUAAACAAUGCCACAUAUCGAAAUGCUGGCACAGUAAGGCAAAUGCUGGAGUCAAAGAGGAAUGUAGGAGAGAGCACACCAUCAACUUUUCAAGCCCCUGCGAAUCCAGUGCCUGCUUCCAGCCUUGCUGCUUCUCCAGCAGUUGUCAGUGGACAUCCUAAGCUUCAGACUCCAGUGUCCUCCACCAGCUCUUUGACAACAGCAGUGCUUCCCACAGCUAACACGGCUACAGUUGUAGGCACUAACCAAGUGCCCACUGGCAGCACUCAGUCAGUGUCUGUCUCAUUGCAGUCUUUGCCUGUAAUCCUGCAUGUACCUGUGGCAGUGUCAUCCCAGACUCCGCUUCUGCAAGGCCACACAGGGACUUUGGUCUCUAACCAGCCGUCAGGCAACGUUGAAUUUAUAUCUGUACAAAACUCGUCUACAGUUGGUAGCCUUACCAAAACUACAGUGUCUUUGGCAUCAACUAACACAACUAAACCAAAUAACAUCCCACAUGUGCCCAGUCCUGGUAUUCUAAGGAACUCUACAGCCAGUGCUGGGUCAAUAGGCACAACGUUGACAGUACAGGCUGUUCCUACUACACAUCCUGUUACCCAGACCACAAGGACUUCUUUGCCCACAGUGGGUACUCCAGGACUUUAUAAUGCGACUGCCAGUCGAGCGCCCCUACAGAUGAAGAUUCCUCUCCCUGCAUGUAGUAGUACAGCUCCUACUGAACCACCAACCAUUGCAGCACCCAAGACUGAAAACCAGACGAGCAGGCCACUAACAGAUACUGCGGCAAACAAGCGACCUGCUGAGGGAACAGCACAGCAGUUGAAACAGGAAGAGACUCCAUCAGAAAAUAAAGAAGCAGUAGAAGCAGCACAGACGAAUUUUAACUUCCCUGAGGAUGUCCUCUUUGGCUUGGAGGAAGAGGAAGAGGAUGCUAAGAGCAUCAAAAACACCCACAAGCAGACUGGCUGGGCAGCUAACCUAUUAAAACAGUGGCUGGCCAAAAAUGGCAAGGAUCCUAGCUUUGAAUUGGUCCCAGUAAGUGAACUCAAUGAUAUCUUAAGAGAGUUUUAUUACACAAUAAGAAAUCAUGAUGGAAAUACCUACAGUGUGGCAAGCUACAAGUCAAUGCGUGCUGGCUUAAACCGGCAUCUCAAAAUGUCGCCUUAUAAUCGUCAGAUUUGCUUAAUGAAGGACAAAGAGUUUGCCAGUGCAAACAUGGUGUUUGUGAGCGUGCUGAAGAUGCUGCGCAUGCAGGGAAAGGAUGAGACUCACCACCAUCCUCCUAUAGCUGCCGAGGACCUGCGUAGGAUUAAGCAAUCUGGUGUGCUGGGUUUGCACAGUCCCCUGGCACUCGUCAACAAGGUGUGGUUUGAUUUGCAGUUGCAUUUUGCCAAGCGAGGGAGGGAAAUUCUAAGAGAUCUGGCUCCAGAUGCAUUUGUGGUUGAGAAGGACAAGAAUGGGCGUCGAUAUGCUAUGUUUAGAUAUCCUGGCAAAGGCAAAAAUGGAGAAGAUCCUCAUAAAAUGGGUAAAAUGUAUGAUAUGCCUGGGGACCCAAACUGUCCUGUGUUUUCCUUGGAACUUUAUUUGUCCAAGUUGCCUCCAGAGCCCCCUGCCUUUUACCUGCACCCUCUAAAGCUAACGUCAGAGCAAAUGCAAGAGCAGCCGGUCUGGUACAAAAGAGAACCAAUGGGUGUGAACUACCUGGGUACCAUGAUGCCCAGGAUAAGUGUGGCAGCCAGGCUCUCUCAGCGGUACACCAAUCAUUCUCUCCGAACUACCACCAUCCAGCUCCUCUGUGAAGCAGGACUGGGGCCUAGGGAAAUAAUGGCAGUGACAGGCCACCGCUCCGAGUCUGCUGUUAGGCACUACUGGGGACCUGCAGAGAUUCGCUACAGGGCCUGGUCAGAUAGAAUGGAAAAUAAUGCCCCCAAUUAUCGAUACAGCAAGAUCCCAAAUGAAGUGAUAAAAGAAUCAGUAUCUGGUGCAUCCACUUCCUCUGUAAAACGUACUGUUCUAGAACAAAGCAAAAUUUUAUUCCCUACGAAAUCUGUGGUGUCGCCUGGCACAAACUCUGUGGCUUUAGUCCCUGAGGGACACCCAGCUCUGAAUUGCAAAAGCCCGGUCCUGUUGAACCGCAGUACGUCCAAGGUGUUUCUCCCCAAGAGCAUGACCAGUGGGAACCUGACUGCCGGUCCCCUUCAAGGCUGUUGUAGCAAACCUGUCUUUAUAAAGCGUGUGAUAAAACAAGAACCUAUGACUUGAUGUUUCUGUAAUAGAACUGAUUUCAGAUGAAUUGCUAAAAUGGAAAAAUUAUCAGAUUUGUUUUUUUUAUUUGGUCGACGAAGGCAAUUCCUUAUGGUCUAAUUCAGCAAGAAGUAUCCUGUUUGCACUCAAGAUGUGAGCUAUGGAGCAGAAAUUUAAACUGAGGAGGGCUUGGAGUUUGUAUGACUUUUUUUGUGGCAGCUGGGACUCUUCCAAGUGGCUUAGCAGAGUUAUUUAAAAAAUUAAAGGGAGCUAUUGAUUUCCACUUAGCUGAAGACAUAUGCUUUCUUCACUAAGAGUGUGGCUUUUAUAUUUUGUGAAGAGUGUUAUUUAUCGUACCAUUUUGUGACUGCUGGCACUAAUGUAGCAUCUUACAAAUCAAAUACUUGAUUACUGAAGAGCACCAAGAAAGUAGAAGCUGAAUGAAAUAGACACAGAUGCGCUACAAAUACGUACAUACGCAUGAAAACACCUGGAAUUGCUUAACCACUGUCACCCUCUGUUCAGAUUGUUAUCAGACCUACUAGAGCACUGUGCCUUUGUUUCCUUUUUUUUUUAAAGCCUUCUUCUAAAUUGAUUUUCUCUGUGAGCUGCAGAUUUGCAUUGCAGGUCUUUCCUUUUCCUAUUUAAUAUUUUUGGCUUAAGAUUCUAGUCAUUCUGUUCUCAGAGGGCACUAUUGAUACGUGUGGUAUUAAAAUUGGGAUCUCUUUGGUUGUGCAUGAAAUGGGGAAAACAUUCUCAAAAGAGCUGGAAACAAUUUCUUGCUUAAAUGGCAGGUAAUUAGUGUUUGGGUUGUCUCUGUGCCUAACUUGUGAGAGGGUUUUUGUUUUUUUUUUUUUUAUAUUUCCUCUCACCAACCCCCUUCAUUACAGGUCAGAUCAUCUUUGCACUCUAGUCUUUGCCAGUAUAUGUAAUUCACAAGAACUACAUCUUGUUCUUCCCCACUGAACCCUGUCCAAGUUUUAUUUUUGGUUUUAACUUCUUCAGCUCAGUAAACUGGUCCUGUCAUUAUCUUUUCCCUAGAUUUUAACAGGUAGAAAUUCUCAGCAUAGUGGAUGUGAAUAAUUUUCAUCAUAGAUUAUGACAAGAGAUCUUCCUGUAAAUAAAAAUAGAAAACUGGUUAUAGAAUUACAGAUUAUAGUUGGUCCACUUUGGAAGAAGAAACACUAUAGCAUUUAAAACUGUUUCCAUAUAUUAACAAUGAAAUAGAAAUUGCUUUGUCCUUUUCAAAUGUGUGUACACAGAUGCACUUCACAUGGUUUAUCACACUAAGGACUUCACUUGAAGUGUUGAUGUUGCUCAACAAUGGACAUAAUAGGGAAAAGUCCCAGCUGAAAUGACAAAUUAACCAUGAUAAACUCUUAAUUCUGUGGAGAACUUCCUUGCUGGGAUGGGCUUCCAAAUUUUGAAUGAGAUUUAUGACUCUGUUGUAGUGUAUAGUCGAUAUAGACACUGCUGUAGUCUGUACAGAGGACUUGAUGAUGCCUGAAUGUUGGAGUUUUUAUCUUGGCUGGUAAUAUUUACCUUUGUGACCUUGUGCCAAUUAUUCAUACUUACUGCAUCAAUUUUCCAAAGGGUAAGACCAACACAGUGCUCCAUUUUCUAAUGGAUGGUGAUAAAGGUUGAAAGGUUUUAAAAGUUCUUUAGUGAUCUUAAACUCCUCUAUGGUUGAGGUAGUUGAUCAGAUGUAAUUGUUAAUAUAGAAAUUACUUCUACACAGUCCUGCUUCCUUAGUAGGAGCGUUAAUUCAUUACAUAAAUGACUAGAGGAAAAAAGGCAUGGGUCAAUUUUGUCAAGCCUAAAGUAAAUGAAUUAGAGAUGGCAAGAAGAAAAAGUGAAAAAACAAAGGGCGGACAGUUCUCAAAAUAUAGGAGAACUUCAAAAUAUAGGAGAACUGUGCAGUAACUUAUUCUAGGAUAUUUUAGGGUAACAUAGAUUUCCAAAUUUUAGGGAUUCAUAGAAUUAAUAACUCAGCAAAACUGACAAAAUUAAUCCCUGAAUUUAAUCUAAACUUCCACCAGGAUGGAUAUGUAUUAGUGUCCCCCCCAAAAAAAUGUUCCCAUCUCUGUCUCAGGUAUAUAGGCUUCUUCCAGCAUAUUGGCAUUGAAUAUUUAUCCUCCAGAAACAAGAAAAGUAUGAAGUCAGAUGAUUCUGUGUUCCCUCUUGCUGCAUACUGUGGUCAGACUGACCACACACCCUGCUCUGGUUCUGACUGCAUCUGGGUGUCUUAGUGCAACAGCAAAUUGCUGGUGGCUUCAUUCCUCAACACAAAUCUAGUUGGUGAUUAAAAGAGAAAAAGGGACUCUCUAGGCCAAUCUUGGCAUGUCUCUCGUUCUUUCUGAUUAUCAUUUGGCUUCUAACUUGACUUCCCUUCUGUUGGCUUCUAAUGGGGUCUUUUUGGAUUCUCAUUUGUGAAAUUUUAAUUUUGUUGGCACCACCUGUACAGUAUCCUCUUACUACCUUCAGUUUGAACCUGAUACUUCAAAGCUUCUGACUGCAAUAUUACUACCAUGUGGGUUUUUAUAUGGGAGAUUUUUUUUUAAUUUUUUUAAAUAAGAAAGUAUUCCUCAUUUUGGCUGGAAGUAUUAUUGCUUCACAAGACCUGGGAUCAUUAUUUACUAAGCUUUCUGGUAGACUUUUAUUUCUAAUUAGUAGAACAUCUUUCUAACCUUCCAGAAUGGAAAAAAAAUCUUUCUCCUGUUUUCCCCUCCCACCUAGAGUGUUAAAUAAAUCUUUCCUACAUGUAUUUUAUUUCUAGAAAAAAUGAACCAAAUGCAUAUUUUGCAGCUUUUGUAAAGUCAAUUUUGGCUGUGAGUAGAGUGAUAUGGGGAACAGGGAGUCAAGUUUCAAAUCAGUGCUGUUCAUGGCAGUACAGGUUAUGCUGUAUGAACAUAAUGGAUUCUGUCAAAAUGGACAUGAAUUGUACUCCUCAGUUGCAGUAUCAGCAGAGAACCUCAAAACAGAAGGAUAACAGUUUUUGGGGGUUUUCCCAUUAUUUUUCCUCUAUAAGUGAAUGUGUUUGGUGAACCAACAGGUUAAAUAUAGUUUGUUUGUCUAAACUUAGAUUUAUGCUUUGGCUGCAAAUUUAAUGCAAAAUUGCCAAUCAUAAUUUAAAAUUCACUUUAAAAAUCUGAAUAGAACAAAUAUUCUUUGAAAGAAAUUUAUCUUCUAUGAUCUUGAGUUUUCUAAUCAGAUCUCCUAAAAGAAGACUUUCAUUUCAGUUGCAGAAAAAUCCCUGAAAGCAAAACCAAUCAACCAACCAAAAACCCCCAACCAAAAAAAAAAAAAAAAAAAAAAAAAAAAAAAACCAACCAAAAAAACCCAAAACCCAAAAAAAUAAUCACCCCAAACAAACAAUGACAACAAAAAACCCCCAGCACUUAGACUAAGUCAACUAAAUUAAUACUGACUGCUAUGUUAUUGAUUAAAUUCCAUUUUCUUUGAUGGAGAUGACCCUGAAAACAGUGGAGAGUAACUGGUUCCUUAUAUAAUGCUUCCUUUGCACCUCAUUUUCAUAAUUCAGCUUUGGUACUAGUGUUGUGAAUAUUGAAUUCGUUUUCCCUGUGUUUUCCUGUGAAGCUUGGAAAUCUCAGCUGUUAAAUUAAGAGGUACUCUGAUUACUUCUUGGUUUUAUGAAGUUGGCAUGGUAUCUCAAAGUAUGUUAAAUUUCCGUUGCUUAUAUGCACCUUCUCUGUACCAUGUGAAGUGCUCCACUGUGCACAGUGCUGAAUACCUGAAGGCAUUGGAAGGAUGCUUUGAAAUUGAGUUUGUUCUUGGGUUUGUUGUGGUUUUGGUCCAGUACCUCUGGUUAUCCUGAACAGAACCACUUCUCAGUAGUUGCUAAAGUUUUCCAUAUGCAGCUUGGAUGUACGAUUUUCCCGUAUGACUGUUUUCUUCUUUUCAGCCUUUCUCUCUGCUUCCUGCUCCAAAAGGAGUGGAUGUGGAAGGGGACAUCUUACUACUUGUAUUAGUCCUUCAUCUUCAGCUUUUUCCUGUGUACACAGAAAUUUAAGGGUUGUUAUUUGUUCCUAAUCAUUUAAUCAAUUGCCAUUCCAGUGCCUCGGGUCUUUGAGUUGCAUUUCUGAAGACAUGAUAAGCACUUUUACUGCAUUGGGGCAAAUGUUAUUGUUACAGAGGAAGAGGCAUUUUUAAUUAUAUAGCAGAUCUUUAGACUGGUUUAAAAGUAUUUUAGUAUGAAUCCCAGUUAUAGAUACAGGAUUUAUAUAUAUUAUAUAUAAUAUAUAAAUAUAGUUACGGUAUAAUGAGAGAAUAUAUGAAAGCAGGUUUAUUACACUGUAACAUAAAGUAACAGUGAACAAAUCUUAACAGGGUUUGAUGUGUUGAAAAUAUCUGGCAUAAGUCAAUCUUCAAGAAUUGUUUGCAUUAUAUUUAUUAAAACACCAAGUCAGGUGAUAGUCUUUUUUUUUCCUGUUCCCUGCUUCAUGUGCAACUUAUUCUUUUAAGGAGCAAAUCUCUUUUUUAGUCUAAAUUUCAUCUGUGCAUUUCACUUUACAGCUACUAUUAGUUUAUUAAAUAAAGUUCACCAGUGUCCUACCUGUUUCCCAUUGUUUCCAACAUACCUUGAGUUCUUUGGUUGAACUACAGUUUAAUUUAAGCUGUUUUGCUGCCUAUUGGAAAUCCAUUUCAUAAAAGAUUAAUAAAGUAUGUUUAUAACUCCUAUCACAUUACUCUGCGAUGUGUAACAAACUUUGUAAGUGUCUCUUAGGAAAUAAUGUGAGCAAAAUGGAUAUGUCAGCUUACAGUUUAUAAGCAGCUAUUAAUUCUGUGUUGUUGAAGCAUUAUUGAUGAAUAUGUUUCCUUGCAUUUCAUGGUUUUAUCACUCAAAAUAAACAUAUAUAGUUAUAUAUGUAAAA